AUGUCGGUGACGUUGUUCGCCAUUCUGGUGCUGCCGCGAGGAGGUUUUUACUUCAACCUUACGGGUAUGAUAGCCUGCGAGCCGUUCUACCCCCGAGCCUCAAUUCGCAUUCUGGCCGCCUGCGGCUUUUAUUUUCCCACCACUAUGAUCCUCAUGUACUGUUACGGAUCGGCUUUCCACGUCAACAAGCUUCGGCUAAGAAGGGCUGGCUGUAACACGAUAGCCAGUCCAGACGAUUAUGGAGGGGCCAGCAUGGAAAAGCCUAACGGAAAUUACUCGCAUCUGUUCUUAGUAACAUUGUUACGGGUCAGAGCUCCGGUCGGUGAAAACUUUGAAUCGAAACAAAACCAGAAAUGGAACGAAUCUGCCAAAUGUAUACUGUUCGGUGGUGUAUGA